AUGAGAUCAUAUCUCACCCUGCUGGCGCCAGCGGCCAUGUUCGUUCAGCACAGUGUCGCUGCUGCGACAAAUGCAACCACUCUGCAGAUCCCCAUAUUCGGCUACGGCGACUCCAUGAAAUUGGAGGCCUCCAUCGUCGGCGUGACAAACGAUGUCACCACCAUGACGUUCGCCUGCCCGACCAACCCCCCUUCGGAGUCGUGCUACGUGCACCCCCACGAGACUCUGACCAUCGGGCCCAGCACCUACCGGCACGUCUACUCCGACGAGAGCGACCCCACCGACAUAUUCUCCGGAACGCAAGACUGCGACAUCAUGGGCGGCGUGCGCACCAUCACCUCCCAAUACUUCACCACCGCCGGCCCCUCGCCGACCGCCGUCCUGCGCGUCGUCAACGGCAUCUGCGACCAGGUCUUCGAGAACCAGCUCUCGCCCGCGAGCAGUUUCGUGAAGACCUUCAACGAGCGGAACCCGGGCGUGCUGCUCGACAUGGUCGUCACGGCCGGCGCGGAGCACUUGGCGGCGGCUGCGGCGGCCGCCACCGGGUCGACGCCCACUGCGUCCAUGAAGGCCGCGGCCAUCACGGCGACGACGGGCGUCAAGAUCGCGGGCGUGGUCGCCGCGCAGACGGUCACGGUAUCGGCGGCGUCGACACACACCGGAAGCGCCGGAAAGUUGGGCAUCGAGGUCGCACUGGGAGCGGUAGCUGUGGGCGUGGCAGGGAUUCUAGCGAUGUAG